AUGCAAUCUUAUAGUAUCGGCCUCUCCUGUCCUUGCCGGCAUCUUCUAGCCCAGCUGGUGCUGUUUUCGCUCGUCUGCUUCACGAACGGGGUAUCUAGCAGCGUAAAUUGCUUCAGGCCGAGGUUUGACCUUGUUGGGUGCAAGAGCCGAUUGCUAGUAGCUGAUGCUGAGAACGUCAAGUCCGGGGAUGAUGGGAGGAAGCAAUCUAACGAUGAAUCCUUGCUAGCUGGGCCCAUUCCGAUACUCUUCAACCUCGGGAAGAAAGCUAUUGGAGGGAUGAUGAACUUUUCUGUUCCCCAGUCAGACUUGUGGGUGGACCAAGAGAAGCGGAGGAAGAGGAUACAAGAUAAACUAUAUUGGGCAUGCCGCAAGGGAAGGACGGGUAAAAUGAUGGAGAUGAUCGGCCAGGGAGCAGAUGUGAACAAGAGGGAUUCCCUGCCAAUGGUCAACUUUACCCCGCUCAUUUACGCUUCGGCGUUUGGAAAGGUCGAUGCGGUGAAACUGCUGAUGAAUCAUCAAGUCGAUGUGAAUGCGCAAGACUGGAACCAGUGGACAGCAUUGCAUUGGGCUGCGCAUGGGGUGAAGCAGGAGCAUGUUAAGAUCGCAGAGAUUCUCAUCCAGCAUGGAGCGAACAUCCAUGAGACGACAUGGGAUGGCAGAACGCCGAGAAGCAUUGCAGAGGACUCCAGGCAACGGAAGAUCAUUGAAAUGAUUGACAAGUAUUGCAUUAAUGAGAGGUCGUUUGCUUCUCUCUGA